ACUUCAGUAGCCCACUGCACUACUUAAUUUCUGGGGGAGUCCGAGGCAUUUGAUCUAAGCUAUAACACAACAAAUAGCACGCGUAUCAGCAUCAGUAGACCUGUCAGCCAGACUGUGAAUAUCGUGCUGUCUACCUGUGCAGGUGCGCAGUGGCCCGGGGCAGAGCCGUUUGAAUGGUGCACUCAUGUCCCCCUUGUGUCCAUUUACAAACGGGACUUGACGUCAGCUGUGCCCCUCCAGUGCGCACUGCUCGAUGCCCCGAAACGAGCCACUCAAACUGGAAUAACUUCGAGAAAAUAACGAGCGAGAAUAGGCCUAAUUAACACCCAUCUCCCCAAAUGUCAGUGUCGUUUCUUUUGGAGAAGAAUGGCUAUGGCUUUGGUUAGACUCAAGGAGUUUGUUUGUGGCUAAAACGCUGUUUUUCAUUUGUUCUCGCUUUGGGGUCACUAACCUGCGAACGGAACAAAAGAAGGAUUUACGCAAACUGGGAUUUAUCCUCUGUGGAUUUUAAACAUUAUUAAAGAAUUUUACUCCUAAACCGGACUAAAUAAUUCCCUUUUUUAUUGAGCAGAGUACUUCACCUGUUCGAGGAAAUACAGAUUUUCAGGAGGAGGAAAGAAGUAGUCCAGUUUUACUACAAACCCCUAAAGAUGUAUGCAGAGAAAGUUGUGACGGACGGGAAGAUGGGGAGCAGGGCAAUCUCUCUGACCUGUGUGCUGACUCCGUGCCGCGUUAUUGGGGUUUGUGUGAUACUCAUGACCCUGGGAGCCAUCGGGGCAGCUGUCUGGGCCGUAGUUUCAUAUUGUACAAUGGAGGAAGAAACUGGGUUUUAUGAUGUCCAGGUAAACUCACCUGACCAGCGCCUCAGAGUUUUUGACUCAGCCCAAAAAAGAUGGCGCCAGGUCUGUUCAUGUUCGACCAAUGAGCUGCUGGCGAGCAUCAUCUGCGAGGAAGUUGGGUUUGUUAGUGUGGUGAAUUACUCCAUCACAUCUGUUCCGGACGCCAGUGGAGAUGGAGGAGAGUUUUUCUGCGUCAGAACAGACGAGCUCAGCUACGGCAAGAAAAUCAAAGAUUCACUUUUCCCAUGUAACUGUGAGAGUAGAGAAGUCUUGACAGUACUGUGCCAAGACUGUGGGAGGCGUACUUUUGCAGCAGACCGUAUUGUGGGGGGAUUGGACAGCAGACAGGGCAGCUGGCCAUGGCAGGUCAGUUUGCAGUAUGACGGGGUGCACCAGUGCGGAGGCUCCAUAAUCUCCAACCGCUGGAUCGUAUCGGCUGCUCACUGCUUUCCCGAGCGAUAUCGCUUUGUGAACCGCUGGCGAGUUCUUCUGGGGUCCAUCUACAAUAAACCUGUGAACGCAAAUGUGGCUGAAGUAAAAACCAUUGUGUAUCACAGCAGCUACCUGCCAUUUGUCGACUCCAACAUCGAUGACAACAGCCGUGAUAUCGCUGUCCUGGCUCUGACUCAACCUCUGACUUUCAAUGAAUACAUCCAGCCUGUGUGCCUGCCAACUUAUGGUCAAAGACUAAUUGACGGUCAAAUGGGGACGGUCACAGGUUGGGGAAACGUGGGGUACUAUGGUCAUCUGGCGGAUGUCCUUCAGGAGGCCCACGUGCCCAUCAUCAGUGACACUGUGUGUAACGCUCCAGAUUAUUAUGACAACCAGAUCACCACCACCAUGUUCUGUGCUGGCUUUGAGAAAGGGGGCAUAGAUGCCUGUCAGGGAGACAGUGGUGGUCCUUUUGUGGCUGAAGACUGUCUCUCCAAGACAAGUCGGUAUCGUCUACUCGGGGUGGUGAGUUGGGGAACAGGUUGUGCGAUGCCAAAAAAACCUGGAGUGUACACUAGAGUGUCCCGCUUCCUACCCUGGAUAUCCACUGCAAUGAGGAAUUAUUACAACUCACCAGGAGUUCACAAAAUGGCCCGGACUGAAAAUCCCAAACCAAACUUGGUUUGACAACUGUAUCAAACUCCUGAUGGACUCUUGAUCCUUGCUGCAUCAAAUACAGAAGACACAAAUGAAAGCAACCAAAUGUUUUCUGUGUGUGUGUCUUGUAUUACAAACUGUGAAGGAUUUUUUCAGGAUAAAAAUGUAAAUUUUUGUGCCCCCUUAAGACAGCCAGUACUAUCCUAAACACACAGCCACUUUUAAAGCCACUAUUCCUUAUUUAUCCUUGGUUAGGAUGUCUGUUCCUGCCAUGUUAUGUGCCUAAAAAUUAAAAUGCUUGAUUCAUAACUCUGUGAGGUUUUCAAAACAGUAUUUUUUGUAGUUUUGUAAAUAUUAGUUUGUCUUGUGUAAGAAAACAACUUUGUGCAACAGAGAAUACAAUGACAAAAAUCACCUAUCCUGCU